UUUUUUAUCGUGUCAAUAUGUGAAACAGUUAUGUUUAUUUUGUUAACUUUUUGAAACCGAUUUGUUCGAGUUUUGGUUAAAUUUUGCUUUUGGAAUGCCUUUUUCGUGAUUUUUCAAUGUACUAAUAAAAAAAACUCAAUUGAAUUGAAAUCUUCAAGAUCCAAAGUGCCUGUUGGAAAACAAUGGUUUAAAUUCGUAUUCAUGAAAAGUGUCUUCAUCGAGUUCAUGUCAAGAUUGCAAUGGAUUCCGAACAUAAUCCGGUUUCGAAUCAAGGUGACCCGGCACAUUCGACCGACCGUUUAGCCAAUGCUGAAACAUCACAUUCAAAAAAUAUAGAACACGAUCCAAACGAUUACAUCCAAAAAGCUCGAGUGACGAGAGCAGCCCCACCGAAACCUGUCAAUGAUCCUUUACAGUUUGUUCAACUUAAACCAUGCACUAAUCUCGCCUUCUCAGCUCAAGAACAAUUGAAAAAAGCAGAACAUCUAAAAAAGAUAAACCAGGACAAAAAAGAAGAACCCGAAGAAUGGCAAUGUAAUUUAGAUAGCUGGAAGUCAUCGAGAAAAAAACGAGUGGAACAUAUAAUAGAACGAGUUACUGAAGUGAAAAAAAUUGAACAAGAAAUACAUGAACGCAAUAGACGAAAAUCUAAAACCUUCAGAGAAAUGAUCGAAAAAAGGAGCUCCAGCAGAAUUAAUCAUUUACCUAUAUAUGACGAUGAGGAAAACGACCUCGGAAAUCUUGGAUUUUCGAAUGAAGACAAUUCGAUGUCAACGGUGCUUGAUUCGACUGUCCCUGAUAAACUUGAUGAUAAAACUGAUGAGCCUUUGCAACAAGAUUCUGCGGAAAGUUCUUAUGAAAAUGCUAUAAAAGAUUACAAAAGCAGAGUGUCGUUAGCAUGCCAACCCUCAUGUAAUUUUCCCAACACGUCUUUAACUACGGCGUCAGAUCAUCCUCAGCUACUCUCCAAAUAUAACAUUAUUUCAAAUGAUGAUGGAACACAAGACGAGGAAAAAAAUACAGAAACGAUCCUUUCGAAAGUUCAUAUAACAAAAAUGAAGGAAUUAUUUGAGAAAAAAAUUAACGAGACUGUUCACCAAAGCUUGGAGAAAAGCAGGUCGAAAUCGAGCGGAAUUCAAGCUAACGAGCUUCGAAAGUCAGGUUUUGAAUGUGAAUUCGUAAACAACAACAACAACAACACAAACGAUAAAACUAAUAUAACCGAUAUCCAACAAGAUAUGCAAAAGUUUUACGAUGUAAGUGAGACCAAUCAUACAUCAAUAAUUCAAAGUCAAAAAGGUGAAUUCGAUUUGAAUGAUAAUUUAAAAAUUGGUGAUGAAAACAUUACGGAUGAUUAUUAUAAUGUUCCAAAUCAUGAUUAUAUAGAAGAAAAACAUGAUCUUGUAUGCGAAAAUACGUAUAUACGCAAUGAUGAAGAAAUCAGUGAGCGUGAAAUAUUGCUAAACGCAGGAACGAUUGAUUGCAAAAGCUUGGAUAAAGGAAAAAUACUGGACGAAGCACUGGAACUAGCGCUACUUGAAAUGGACUGUAUGGAAAACGAAUACCCACAAAAUGGGAAUGUUUCGACAGAAAAGCACAUCUAUCAAAACAUUGAAAAUCCACGUGAUAACGCUCAAAUCAAAUUAUCACCGAACAUUAUGAAGGACGAAUCUCAUUAUCAAGUGCCAAAAAAUCGAGAGCCUCACUACGAAGUACCAAAGAUCAAUAGAAUGCCUUUCUACGAAAAUGUAGACUUGAUGUUCUCGGAAAAUGAAAGAAAUUUAGUAUAUAAACAAAAGCUGUCUCCGCCUAAAGAAAAACCGCCACCACUACCAUUUGAUGACUCCUUUUAUACCAAAAGCUGCAAUGAAGAAGCUUUUAGCAAUUCUGGAAGUAUCGAAAUAGCCACAACAUUGAAAAAUGAAAUUGGAAGCUUGUCCAACGCUGAUUACAUCGCGCAAUCAAAAUUCAUCGAAUGUUUAGGAUCUUUCAAUACAUUUUUAACAGAGGAAAAUUCAAAUGCACCUUCACCGGAAGAGAAUUCCUUGACGUACCAUCAUUGCCGCUCGUCGUCGUCCAGUGAAGCAGACAAAAAGAUUAAAGAUAUACUAAAGAAUCGUGGAGAAACUUAUUAUAAUAACGUUAAUCAAUCUGAAGUUUCUGAUGUUCUCCGUCCAGAUAACGAUGAUGAAACAAACGCGAGAAUCAAACGAUACAUGGAACAGCAAUCAAACGUACAACCUCCAGUAAAGCCUCAAAGAUAUUACUUCUACGACCAAAGUCACCAAGAAGAUAACGUUUUCAAUUUGGAGGGUCACGAAUGUUUACCCAACGUUUUGUGUCAGAACGUGAACCAAAUGAAAAUUAAUCUUAUGUCCUCGAACGAUAAGGACAUGGCUUGUGGCAGCCCAUUGAACCAAGAACGUUAUCAAAGGCUCAGUCUUCCAACCAUAGCAUCAAGCAACGCAUGCAGCAUGAACGCAUCGAAAAAAUGCCCUUGUGUUCAUGCGGACAAAAGUUUGGUUCAAUGCAAAAAACCUUGGCAUCAAAGUUAUACCGAUGUUCGAGAUGUCAAACGAAAUUCGGAAACACUUUCCCGUACUGAAGGCCUGACAUGUUCUUAUAACAGCAAACAUGAAUUCAAGAAGUCAUUACCAGAAUCAGUUAUUCAGUCCAUUACGGAACGUGUGCAAUUUCUCGGGAUAGGUUUGGAAAAACGUCGAAAGUCGGACGCCCCUCGCUUUACUGUUGAAAGUGAUGAACGAAAAUAUAAUAUAUGUGAAUCUGUUCUUCCAAAUGACGAAACAAUUAUAAGUGUUAGCGGGAAAAAGAAGUGUUCACACUGCAAAAUAGAACUAGGCCGUGGAGCAGCGAUGGUUAUUGAGAGUUUGGGACUUCUAUAUCACAUUGAUUGCUUCAAAUGCUGCGUUUGUGAUAUACGAUUAGGGGACGGACUGAAGGGGACCGAUGUGCGCGUUCGGAAAUAUAAAUUACAUUGCAGGAACUGUUUUUCCAGCGAGGAUGGCGUAAAGUUUAGCUGUGUUUAAAUUCAAUGUCAAAGUUUAUUUAAUAAUGUUAAAAUAAUUGUUUCUAUUGUUGUUUCUUAAUAUAAAUACAUAUGAUGUUAACAUUUUUUCCA